AUGUAUAUUCAUCAAGACAAUUUUCAGACAAAUAAAAAUGACUAUGAAAUUCCUGGAACACAGUUAGGAAACUCCCAAAUUGACGAAGGUGCUGCCUGUGCCUAUGCCUGGACUAUUCACUGCCCAACCCUACCUACCUUCGGGAUUGGAGUUAAGGACACAGACUCCAGGAGCAGACUGGACAACAAAGGCAGCAUUCGCACCAAGACUGUGAAGAAGGCAGCCCAGGUCAUCAUGGAGAAGUACUACAUGGUCCUGGAUAAUGACUUCCACAUUUACAAGUGUGUGUGCAAUGAGAUUGCCAUUAUUCCUAGCAAGAAUCUUGUCAACAAGAUAGCGGGCGAUGUCUCGCAUCUGAUGAAGCAGAUUCAGAGAGGUCCUGAGAGGUAUCCCUACCAAGCUGCAGAAAGGAGAGAGAGGAGAGAUAAUUUUGUUCCUGAGUUCUCAACCCUAGAUCAGGAGAUCACUGAGGUAGAUCCUGACACCACGGAGAUGGCGACACUUCUGGACUUUAACAAUUUCUCCAACCUGCAGGUCACUCGGCCUACGGUUGUGAUGAAUUUCAAAGCACCACAUAGAGGUGUUUAA